AUGGCUAAUUCAGCAUCUGGCAUGAACGUAAGUGAUGAAUGCAAGCUCAAGUUCUUGGAGCUGAAAUCAAAGAGGACUUAUAGGUUCAUCGUGUUCAAGAUUGAUGAGGAUGCUCAGCAAGUUCAAAUCGAAAAGCUUGGGAAUCCUGAAGACACUUACGACGAUUUUACCAACUCUAUCCCAGAGACUGAAUGUCGAUACGCGGUCUAUGAUUUUGAUUUCACCACCGAGGACAAUUGCCAGAAGAGCAAGAUCUUUUUCAUCGCGUGGUCACCUGAUACAUCAAGAGUGCGGAGUAAGAUGUUAUAUGCAAGCUCAAAAGACAGAUUCAAGAGAGAAUUGGAUGGAAUUCAAGUUGAAUUGCAAGCAACCGAUCCUAGCGAAAUGAGCUUCGACAUCAUCAAAGAUCGAGCUCUCUGA